AUGGGCGUCUUCGGCAUGGCGGCCUCGUACCUCGCCUUCGCGACGCUGCACUUCUUCCAGUUCGUGCUGGCCAUCACCGUCUGCGGCCUCUACGGCGUCGACCUCUCGCGCGCCUCCAAGGCCGGCGUGCGCUCCGACUCGCGCUGGGUCUACGCCGAGGUCGUCGGCGCCCUCUCGGCGCUGACGGCCCUGCUGCUCAUGGUGCCCUUCUUCCUGCGCUUCGCCGCCGUCUGGGUCUGGAACGUCGUGCUCUUCAUCCUGUGGAUCGCGCUCUUCGGCGUCUUCGCCAGCCUCUUCAUCCACGAGGACCCCGAGGGCAACGGCGACAUCCAGCGCAUGAAGAACGCCGUCUGGGUCGACCUCGUCAACGCGCUGCUGUGGCUGUUCACCGCCCUCGGCCACUUUGUGUACUGGUUCCGCCACAGGGAGCGCGUGUCGCGGUUCACGGGCCGCGCUCGGGUCUAG